GCAGUGGCCAGAUUCGUGUUCCCGUCCCGUCCCUUGUGUUCGUGGUCCCUUCAGCUGGCGUCGAGUGGUCUGUCGUCACUUGGGAUUCGGUGUUCGUUGUUUAGAUUAGUAGCGACGACAGAUUCGUCCGAUCCUGCCUUGGUACCGUGAAACUCGAAACUCGUUAGCGUCUACGUGGGCUAGAUCUCAAAUUUAUAAGCGCUAACUGGAUUCACGUCUCAUCAAUUUGGACCAGCCAUCUAGAAUCGCCAUGGCUUCCACGGUGGAAACGGCAACGACUGGCGGGUCUGCCGAGGAUCUCACCACUCCAAGCGCUACAUCCGUGCAACUCGCGGGAGCAGCUGGAGCAGGCGUAGGAAUCGAGGAUGGCGGAUACUUGCGGCCCGAGGGUGCGGUCAUGGUCAUGAUGUCGAAGCGGCUGCGCGCGCUUCGCAAGAAGAAGAAGCGGAUCGCAGACAUCGAGGAGGCCAAGGCUGCGGGGAAGAAGCUUCAGCCGGAGCAGGAGGAGGUUCUGAAGCAGAAGCUGACGGUAACGCUGCUCAUCGAGGAGUACGAGAAGCUGUACGCGCCGCUGCAGGCGUCCGUACACGAGCAGGUGUCGGACUGCGAGAAAGCCGUCGCCGCCGCAAUUCAGCAGAAGGCUGAAAGGGAGGCUGCAGAGGCUGCGGCAGCGGCGGCGGCAGCGGCGGCGGCUGCUGCUGAAGAACUUUCGGAUGAAGCUGCAGAGGCAGUGACUGCUGAUGGAGCUGCGGAGAAGGCUGAUGAGCAAGCGGACUCGACGGAGGGAGCGACAGGCCAGUCAGCAAAGGAAAUUCCAGGUCGAGAGGAAGGAGCAGCGGCGGGGUCUGCAGCAGCAGAUAAGUCUGACGACGUGGAUCGAGCCGUGAGGAGCGUUGUUGAAGUGCUCUACUUCGGCUCGCUCUUCGAUCUGCGGAUGGACUCAGCGGGAGCGUCGCCGCUGCUGAGCUGGCGCAACACGCAGGAGCGCACGUCGUGCCUCUCCUACGACCCUAUCACCGACGACAACGCCGCCGCCUUCCUGUGCGACGCGGAUCUCGACGCCGUCGCGGCGGCGGCGCGGCUGCUGACGACGCGAGACGCGAGCGCGGCGAACCACAAGGAGGCGCUGGAUCGGUGCGUGGCACACGCCGUGGCGCUGGCGUCGCGCUCCCAAACUGCGAUCGACCCGUCCAUCCACCUUACGUAUGGGCAAUUGCGCGAUCGUCUGGACCGCAUCAUCGCCUCGGGUUUCUUCACCAAAUGGGCCGAGGUCGUUUCAUCCGAGGUCGUUGCCGCCGCAGCCAUGGCCGCUCAGGGCCACUUCCCCUCAGCCAGCCCCGUGCCCGCUCCCUCUUACGCCCCAGCCCCAUCUGCCGCCGCUCCUGCUGCCGCGGCGCCCCCUGCGCCUUCUGCGCCAGCGUCUGCGGACUCCCUUGCGCCUGCUGAUCCUGCUUCCCCCGCGUCAGCCCCAGCCGCGGCGACUGUUACUGUUCCAUCCCCUGGGGGCCCUUCUCCAGUGAACGGAGUUGUCUUCGGCUCCGUGCGCCCGGACGCUCUACCCGCAGUGUCAGCAGCCCCUGUCACUUCUCCGCUUGUGCAGGCCGCGCCCGUGCCCGCGGCUGCGCCUGCCAUGGAGCCCUCGCCGCCGGCACAGGGGCAUCAGGCUCAGGCAGCUGCGCAGGCAGCAGGGGCAGCAGUGGUUGGGCAGCAGGGAGCGCCGGUGGUAGGCAUUCAGGGACUGGUGGAGCAGGGGCAGGGCGUGGUGGGUGCUGCGCCGGUGCCCCAGGUGCCUCAGGUGCCUGCUGCGGCUGCUCAACCUGCUGCAGUGGCGGGGCAGCAGGUGGCAAGGGCGGGCGCUGUGGGUCCAGAGCAGGCGAAGCAGGCGCAGGUGCAGCAGGGGCAGGCUGCAACUCAGGCCGUUGCCCCUACUGCCCCAGCUGCACCUGCAGGGCACGUGCACCCACAGGCGCAGCACACACCAGUGGUCACAUCCCGCAGCAGUGGCAGUGGGGGGAGGGGCGGAAUCAUGGGCGCAGGUCCUGGGGGGUACAUGGGCGGACGAGGGGCAAGAGGAGGGUACCGUGGGGGAGGGGGGCGGGGGGGCCGUGGGGGAGGGGGGCGCAUGAUUGGGGGAGGGUAUGUGGUCUAUGACCCUGUGCUGGUUAAUGCUGGCAUGAUGGGGGGCGUGGUGGGCGCCCCUGGCAUUGCACCUGGCAUGACACCUGGCAUGACACCUGGGAUGGCACCUGGCAUGACACCUGGAAUGGCACCUGGAUUAGCGCCUCCUGGUGUGAAUAUGGGCCCGAUGUUGUCUGGGGGAGGUGCAGGUGGGGGAGGUCGAAGGGGUGGGGGGCGCGGGAGAGGAGGCCGUGGGAGGGGAGGGAGAGGAGGGGGGUAUGACGGUGCAGGGGGUGCAGGAGGAGGGGGAGGAUCUGUGGUAGGGCCGAGUAGUGGACCAGUGGUGGGGGGAGGCAUGGCAACUGGUGCUCCCCCUGUCGCAGGGCACUAGUGAGGCAGGACAGUGGUGUGCCAGGGCAGUAGUGACAUGGCACGUCGCUGAUGUCGAGGGCAUGAGUCAGCAGAAGUAUUCUUUGUGGCACCUGAGCUAGGAAGACAGGAAGGGUGAAUUUCUGCUGCUUGGCAAAAGAUGUGGGAAGUGGGGAGGGACAGAGAGAGGAAGAGGGGGGGUUGAAGAGGUGGUGGGGAAUCUGUGAGCCAGAGAUAUGCUGGAAUUACUAGCAUGGUGACAGCUUGUUUGUGCAACCAGAGUGAAGGAGAGAGUGCGAUCUGAAGCUGUUGGACUGUUGGUAGCAAAUCUGACUUGUUGGCAGGACCGGUUUUCCUACAUUCCAAUUCAUUCAUGGCCAAUUGCCAACUUGAUGUGUGUGCAAUGACAAGUGUGGUGCAUGGCAGCCAGGUUCUUAAGAUGGAAACAACCAGAGGGUUUCGUUGUCGAUUGUUGGAAAUGUCUCAAAGGACUUGAGCGUUUCUGAAGUGUAACACUACACUCGAGGAAGAUCGCAACGGGUACGCGAGUCAACGGAGGUUACACGUGGCGAUGGGCAAAGAACGCGAAGGGACUUGAAAGGUCGCAACUGG